AUGAAUCUUCUCGACAUAGCAAAGUCAUGCGAGGACAUCGCCCGGGGAGUCUUCAGCUUCCUCCCCCAUGUCCCAACUGCCUCGGUGGACAUCUCCGCCGUCGUAGCGGAACUCUACGCCAUCGGCGCUAGUCUCCGCUCCCUGGAUGGCUCGCACAAGUCUCCCUCUCGCCGGCAGAACUUCACCCAUAUAGCUACUGACUUGGAGCUCGUGGUGCGUGCUAGUCUGAGGCAGACGCUGCGGGAUAUCUACGAUUCGUUGAGUCGGAUGAACCAAGCCAUCCAUAUAACUAACUUGCACAAUGCGGCUGCGACGGCGGCGGGGACGCCGAUAGCGGACACGAUCGCUGCGCUGCAUAAGCGGACUUGGGAUGGAUUGUGGCAUUAUUUUUAUACCCAGGCUGGUUAUUCGUUGCACCUCCGGUUGAAGUAUUAUAAGCAGAUGCUCGAGGAGAUGUCGGCCAUUGCGCAAGGAGAGGUGGCGGACGAGGUUAUGCUAGCUAGCUGUCGAGCAGCCAUUACUACGCUGCGUGUAAUCCAGGACAGGCAGGUUGCUAUCCAGGCCCAGCAGGAAGUCCAGAAACAACACCAGCAACAUCAUCAUCACCAACAACAGCAUCAGAUGCCAGGGCAAUUUCCACAACAGCCACCAUUUCAUCACCAUCCUCACCAUCCCCACAUAUCCGCUGCUGUGCCUCCCGUACCUCCGCCGCCCCCUCCUCCACCACCGCCUCCUGCUCCAGGGGUACCAGGUGUUACUCCAGUUGCCAUGCCUCGCGCAGUAAGCCCCGAUGAUUCAUUAGAGCAUAUCUUAGAUCCUCCAAGGGCACCUGAGCCGCCAAAGCGGAAAUCGUCAAUGAAAAAGGCUGGUUCCUUUGAGCGGCAGAGACCGAACAGAAAGGAACAUCGUGAUUCCAUCCACUGGUCCAACCCGACUAGUCCCAAGUCCCCCAUUGACUCAAGUAGUGAUACCAUGUCAUUGACCUCCAACUCUUUUAAACACUGGGCGAUGAAAGUCUACAGCUCUGUCACUACCUCAACCCCCUUACGGUCCACGGGAGAUAUGUAA